AUGAAAAUAAAUGGCAUAGAGGGGUAUCACAUCAGGUCGACGGAAAUCUUUAACAUUUUCAAGAGAGGAUGUAUUAAACGUGGUCCAGGGGACUUUUUACAAGCUAAGAAAAUGAGGAUUAAAACUGGAGUUAUAUUUUGGAAUCUCGUAUUUUUUAUGAUGGUCACGUGUGUGCGAGGUUUCAUAUAUACGUGUGGUGGGACGUUGAAAGGACGAAAUGGGACCAUUGAAAGCCCCGGUUUUCCGUACGGAUAUCCCAACGGGGCUAACUGUACGUGGGUAAUCGUGGUGGAGGAGGGGAACCGCAUUCAAAUAGUCUUUCAGUCAUUUGCGAUUGAGGAGGAAUAUGACUUUUUAUCGCUCUACGACGGGCACCCUCAUCCAGCCAACUUCAGGACGAGGUUAACGGGUUUCCAGAUGCCGCCGCCAGUCACGAGCACGGGGUCGGUUUUCUCCCUGCGCCUCACCAGUGACUUCGCCGUCAGCGCGCACGGCUUCAAAAUAUACUACGAAGAGUUGCAGAGCAGUGCAUGUGGGAACCCCGGUGUCCCCCCAAAAGGCAUCCUGUCCGGCACGCGCUUCAACGUGGGAGACAAGAUCCGCUACAGCUGCGUGACGGGCUACGUGCUGGACGGCCAUCCCCAGCUCACCUGCAUGACCAACGCUGCCAAUAUGGCCGUGUGGGACUUCCCUGUCCCUAUCUGCAGAGCUGAGGACACAUGUGGUGAUACUCUGAGGGGUUCAAGUGGCAUCAUAUCAAGUCCCAAUUUCCCGAGUGAAUAUUACAAUAAUGCGGACUGUACGUGGACCAUACUUGCUGAUCCCGGAGACACCAUUUCCGUAAUUUUUACAGACUUCCAGACAGAGGAAAAGUACGACUACUUGGAGGUGGAAGGAUCGGAGCCGCCAACAAUUUGGUUAUCGGGGAUGAAUGUGCCGUCACCCAUUGUCAGCAACAAGAACUGGCUGAGGCUACACUUUGUAACCGACAGCAACCAUCGAUACAAAGGCUUCAGUGCCCAUUACCAAGUGAAAAGGUCCGUAGAUUUUAAAUCUAGAGGAGUAAAAUUAUUCCCAGGCAAAGACAACAACAACAAGUUUUCUAUCUUGAACGAGGGCGGCAUCAAGCAGGCGUCCAACUCUUGCCCGGACCCAGGGGAGCCUGACAAUGGCAAGCGCAUUGGCUCCGACUUCAGCAUCGGGGCUACAUCUCAGUUCACCUGUGAUGAGCACCACGUUCUCCAGGGCUCCAAGACCAUCACCUGUCAGCGGGUAGCGGAGGUGUUCGCAGCGUGGAGUGACCAUCGGCCCGUCUGCAAAGAGAAAACAUGCGGCUCCAAUCUGCAGGGUCCCUCCGGAACCUUCACAUCACCGAAUUUCCCCAUUCAGUAUGACAGCAACUCCCAGUGUGUUUGGAUUAUCACCGCCAGUAACCCUAAUAAGGUAAUACAGAUUAACUUUGAGGAGUUUGACCUGGAGAUUGCCUACGACACGCUAACCAUCGGCGAUGGAGGGGAAGUUGGUGACCCGGCCACGGUGCUGCAAGUACUGACCGGCAGCUUCGUUCCUGACCUCAUAGUCAGCAUGACCCACCAGAUGUGGCUGCACCUCCAGUCGGACGAGAGUGUGGGAUCCAUCGGCUUCAAGAUCAACUACAAAGAAAUCGACAAGGAGAGCUGUGGGGAUCCAGGGACGCCUUUGUACGGCAUUCGGGACCGGGAGGGAGACGGCUUCUCCAACGGGAACGUGCUCCGCUUCGAGUGCCAGUUUGGCUUCGAGCUGAUUGGUGAGAGGACCAUCUCCUGCCAGGACAACAACCAGUGGUCUGCCAACGUCCCCAUGUGCAUCUUCCCCUGCCUGUCCAACUUCACGGCCCCGAUGGGGACAGUGCUGUCGCCGGACUACCCGGAGGGCUACGGCAAGAACCUCAACUGCGUGUGGCUCAUCCUGUCGGAGCCCGGCAGCCGCAUCCACCUGGCCUUCAACGACUUCGACCUGGAGGCGCCCUACGACUUCCUGACGGUGAAGGACGGCGAGUUCCUGGACUCGCCCGUCCUGGGGCGCUUCUCGGGCGCCGAGGUGUCCUCGCACCUGACCGGCAACACCAACAUCCUCCGGCUGGAGUUCCAGGCCGACCACUCCAUGUCCGGCCGAGGGUUCAACAUCACCUACACCACGUUCGGCCACAACGAGUGUCCAGACCCCGGCAUCCCGCUGAACGCCCGGCGCUUCGGCGACAACUUCCAGCUGGGCAGCUCCAUCUCGGUGAUCUGCGAGGAGGGCUUCAUCAAGACGCAGGGCGCCGAGACCAUCACCUGCGAGCUGGCCAACGGCAAGGUCAUGUGGAGCGGCCCCAUCCCCAAAUGUGAAGCUCCAUGUGGUGGCCACUUCUCGGCUCCCAGCGGGGUGAUCCUGUCUCCGGGGUGGCCUGGGUACUACAAGGACUCGCUGAACUGUGAGUGGGUGAUCGAAGCCGAGGUGGGCCGCUCCAUCAAGAUCACCUUUGACAAAUUUCAGACGGAGAUCAAUUACGAUUUCCUGGAGCUGCACGACGGCCCCAAUCUGCUGUCGCCGCUGAUUGGCUCCUUCAACGGCAGCCAGGUCCCCCAGUUCCUGUUCAGCAGCGCCAAUCACCUGUACAUGCUCUUCACCACGGACAACAGCCGCUCCGACAGCGGCUUCAAGAUCCUCUACGAGGGCGUCACCGUGGACACCUACUCCUGCCUGGACCCCGGCAUCCCGGUGAACGGCCUGCGCUACGGCCAGGACUUCUCCAUCGGCUCCACGGUGUCGUUCGGCUGCGACCCGGGCUACCGGCUGAGCCACGAGGAGCCGCUGGUCUGCGAGAAGAACCACUGGUGGAGCCACCCGCUCCCCACCUGCGAUGCUCUGUGUGGGGGCGAUGUGCGGGGCCCCGGUGGCACUAUCCUGUCCCCCGGGUACCCCGAGAUGUACCCCAGCUCCCUGAACUGCACCUGGACGGUGGAGGUCAGCCAUGGCAAAGGCGUCCAGUUCACCUUUGUCACGUUCCACCUGGAGGAUCACCAUGACUACCUGCUGAUCACGGAGAAUGGCAGCUUCGUUCGGCCGCUGGCCCGUCUCACUGGCGCCGAGCUGCCCUCGCCCAUCAACGCUGGUCUCUACGGCAACUUCAAGGCCCAGCUGCGCUUCAUCUCCGACUUCUCCAUCUCCUACGCCGGUUUCAACAUCACCUUCUCAGAGUACAACCUGGAGCCGUGCGAGGACCCCGGCCUGCCUCCUUACGGCCGCCGUAACGGCUACAGCUUCGGCAUCGGCGACACGCUCACCUUCUCGUGCAACGUGGGCUACCGCCUGGAGGGGGCGCCGGAGAUCAUCUGCCUGGGAGGGGGGCGGCGCAUGUGGAGCGCACCUCUGCCAAGGUGUGUGGCCGAGUGCGGUUCAUCUGUCAUCAACAACGAGGGCAUCCUGCUGUCCCCGAACUACCCCAUGAACUACGACAACAACCACGAGUGCAUCUACAGUAUCCAGGUUCAAGCGGGCAAAGGCAUCAACAUCUCAGCCAGGACCUUCCAUCUGGCUCAGGGGGACAUCCUCAAGAUCUACGAUGGGAAGGACAACACGGCUCACGUGCUCGGGGCGUUCACAGGCUCAGCCAUGCUGGGCCUCACGCUCAUCAGCACCUCCAACCACCUCUGGCUGGAGUUCUUCUCCGACGCCGAGGCCACUGGCGAGGGCUUCAAGCUGGUCUACUCCAGUUUCGAGCUGUCGCACUGCGAGGAUCCCGGCGUGCCCCAGUUUGGCUACAAGGUCAACGACCAGGGCCACUUCUCCGGCAGCACCAUCACCUACAAGUGCAACCCCGGCUACACCCUGCACGGCAGCAGCGUGCUCAGGUGCAUGACGGGCGAGAGACGCACCUGGGACAACCCUCUGCCCUCCUGCAUAGCGGAGUGCGGCGGUCGAUUCAAAGGAGAGUCCACUGGCCGCAUCCUGUCGCCCGGAUACCCGUUUCCCUACGACAACAACCUCCGCUGCACCUGGAUCAUUGAGGUGGACACGGGCAACAUCGUCAGCCUGCAGUUCCUGGCCUUUGACACGGAGGCCUCCCAUGACAUCCUGAAGGUGUGGGACGGCCUCCCGGAGAACGAGAUGUCCCUGCGGGACGUGAGCGGCUCGCUGCUGCCCGAGGGCAUCCACAGCACCCUCAGCGUGGUCACCAUCCAGUUCGAGACCGACUUCUACAUCAGCAAGUCCGGCUUCGCCAUCGAGUUCUCCAGCUCCGUGGCCACCGCCUGCAGGGAUCCCGGCGUUCCGAUGAAUGGCAGCCGGAACGGGGACGGCCGGGAGCCGGGCGACACGGUGACCUUUCAGUGCGACCCGGGCUACGAGCUGCAGGGCGAGGUGAAGAUCACCUGCAUCCAGGUGGAAAACCGCUACUACUGGCAGCCCAGCCCGCCCGUCUGCAUCGCUCCUUGUGGGGGGAACCUGACCGGCUCUUCGGGGUUCAUCUUGUCCCCAAACUACCCGCACCCGUACCCGCACAGCAAGGACUGCGACUGGCUAAUAGCGGUCAACUCGGACUACGUCCUGUCCCUGGCGUUUAUCAGCUUCAGCAUCGAGCCCAACUACGACUUCGUCUACAUCUACGACGGGCCGGACAGCAACAGCCCGCUCAUCGGCAGCUUCCAGGACAGCAAGCUCCCCGAGCGCAUCGAGAGCAGCUCCUACACCAUGUACCUGGCCUUCCGCAGCGACGGCUCUGUCAGCUACACCGGCUUCCACCUGGAGUACAAAGCCAAGCUGCGGGAGUCGUGCUUUGACCCGGGCACAGUGAUGAACGGGACGCGGCUGGGCAGCGACUACAAGCUGGGCUCCACCGUGACGUUCUACUGCGAGGCCGGCUACGUGCUGCAGGGCUACUCCACGCUCACCUGCAUCAUGGGAGACGACGGCAGGCCCGGCUGGAACAGAGUGCUCCCCAGCUGCCAGGCCCCCUGUGGGAGCCGGUCCACUGGUAACGAGGGCACCGUUCUGUCACCCAACUUCCCCCGGAACUACACAUCUGGCCACAGCUGUGUGUACGCCAUCUCCGUGCCCAGGGAGUUUGUGCUGUUUGGACAGUUUGUGUUGUUCCAGACCUCCCUCAAUGACGUGGUGGACAUCUUCGACGGACCCACUCAGCAGUCUCCUCUGCUCUCCUCGCUGUCAGGCUCGCACUCAGGGGAGUCUCUUCCUCUGAGCACCGGGAACCAGAUCACCAUCAAGUUCACCACCGUGGGCCCCGAGACGGCCAAGGGAUUCCACUUCGUCUACCAAGCGGUGCCACGCACAAGUGCCACCCAGUGCAGCUCGGUGCCUGAGCCACGCUUCGGCAAGCGCAUCGGGAACGACUUUGCUGUGGGUGCAUCGGUGACAUUUGAGUGCAACCCUGGCUACAUACUCCACGGCUCCUCGGCCAUCCGCUGUGAAGCAGUGCCCGAGACCCUGGCACAGUGGAACGACUCCUUGCCCACAUGUGUCGUGCCGUGCGGAGGGGUGUUGACGGCGCGCAAGGGCACCAUCCUGUCCCCGGGUUACCCCGAGCCCUACGACAACAACGUCAACUGUGUGUGGAAGGUCUCGGUUCCCGAGGGAGCCGGAAUCCAAAUCCAGGUUGUGAGUUUUGCGACGGAGCAUAACUGGGAUUCCCUGGAGUUCUAUGACGGUCCAGACAGCAAUGCUCCAAGACUAGGAAGCUAUUCAGGGACGACCAUUCCCCCGCUGCUGAACACCACCUCCAACAACCUGUACCUCAACUUCAUCUCCGACAUCAGCGUGUCGGCGGCAGGCUUCCAUCUGGAGUACACAGCGAUUGGUUUGGAGUCGUGCCCGGAGCCCCAAACACCCAACUAUGGCAUCAAACUGGGUGACCGCUAUAUGGUGGGCGAUGUCGUCCAGUUUCAGUGUGAGCAAGGAUACUCUUUGCAGGGGAAUGCAUACAUUACAUGCAUGCCAGGGCCUGUGAGAAGAUGGAACUACCCAGUGCCACUCUGUCUAGCUCAAUGUGGCGGGUCCAUGACUGAGGUCAGUGGUGUAAUUCUGAGCCCCGGGUUUCCUGGCAACUAUCCCAGCGGACUGGACUGCACCUGGACCGUCACACUGCCCAUUGGCUUUGGCAUCCACCUGCAGUUCCUCAACUUCUCCACCGAGGCCAUCCACGACUACCUGGAGGUGCGCAGCGGCAACGCCGAGACCGGCGCCGUCAUCGACCGCUUCAGCGGGCCGCAGGUGCCGCAGCCGUUCUUCAGCACCACCCACGAGACCAGCUUCUUCUUCCACAGUGACUACUCCCAGAACAAGCCCGGCUUCCAGUGCAACUACCAGGCGUACCAGCUGCAGAGCUGCCCCGACCCGCGCCCUUUCCAGAAUGGCAUUGUCAUCGGCGGCGACUUCAGCGUGGGCAUGACGGUGUCGUUCGAGUGCCUGGCCGGUUACUCGCUCAUCGGCGAGGCCUCCCUCACCUGCCUUCACGGGAUCAGCCGCAACUGGAACUUCCCCGUGCCACGAUGCGAAGCUCUCUGUGGAGGGAACAUCACCUCCAUGAACGGAACCGUGUUCUCCCCUGGCCACCCUUCCGAGUACCCCAACUUCCAGGACUGCGUGUGGAACGUCAGGGUUCCGCCCGGCUACGGCAUCUUCAUCAACUUCACCACCCUCAGCACCGAGCCCAUCUAUGACUACAUCACUGUCUGGGACGGCCCUGACCAGAGCUCGCCCCAGAUUGGCCAGUUCAGUGGGAACACGGCCCUCGAGUCGGUCUACACCACGUCCAACCAGAUCCUCAUCAAGUUCCACAGCGACUUCAGCGGCAGCGGCUUCUUCGUGCUCAGUUACCAUGCUUACCAGCUGCGUGUGUGCCAGCCUCCUCCAGAAGUUGCCAACGCGGACGCGCUAAUGGAGGAUAAUGACUUUGAGAUAGGUGAUAUCAUCCGCUACCGGUGCCAGCCUGGCUUCACACUGGUGGGCAGCGAGAUUCUGACGUGCCGUCUGGGGGAGCGACUGCAGAUGGAUGGUCCCCCUCCCACGUGUCAAGUGCAAUGUCCCGCCCAUGAUGUGCGCUUCGACUCGAGCGGGGUGAUCCUGAGCCCGGGCUACCCGGACAGCUACCCCAACCUCCAGAUGUGCUCGUGGAGCAUCAACGUGGAGAAGGGCUACAACAUCUCCCUCUACUUUGAGUACUUCCAGACCGAGAAGGAGUUUGACAUCCUGGAAGUCUUUGACGGCCCCACCACUCACAGCCAGGUGCUGGCCACCCUGAGCGGGGACAUGGCCACGCCCUUCAACCUGACCACCACGGGCCACCAGCUGCUCCUGCGGUGGACAGCGGACCACGGCACCAACAAGCGAGGGUUCCGUAUCCGCUAUGUCGCGCUCUACUGCAGCACGCCGGACUCGCCGCUGCACGGCUCGGUGGCCAGCCAGACGGGCGGCCACGUCAACAGCCAGGUGCGCUGGGCCUGCGACCGCGGCUACCGCCUGGUGGGCCAGGGAUCGGCCGCCUGCAAGAAGACCACGCACGGCUACUACGACUGGGACUCGCCCGUGCCUGCUUGCCAAGCGGUGUCCUGCGGAGUGCCCAAAGCGCCGCUGAAUGGAGGCGUGCUGGCAGCCGACUACUCGGUGGGCACGCGCGUGACCUACUUCUGCAACGACGGCUACCGCCUGUCCUCCAAGGAGCUGACCAGCGCCGUGUGCCAGCCGGACGGCACCUGGAGCAACCACAACAAGAUCCCCCGCUGUUCAGUGGUGGUGUGUCCCAGCAUCGGCUCCUUCUCUCUGGAGCACGGGCGCUGGCGCAUCGUGAACGGCUCGCACUACGAGUACCGCACCAAGAUCAUCUUCACGUGCGACCCCGGCUACUACCGGCUCGGACCGGCCAGCAUCCAGUGCACCACCCACGGAGCCUGGAGCUGGAAGAACGACCGGCCACGCUGCGAGAUCAUCUCCUGCGGGCAGCUCCCCUCCAUGCCCAAUGGGAAGAAGAUCGGCACGCAGACCAGCUUCGGGGCGACGGCCAUCUUCACGUGUGACGUGGGCUUCAUGCUGGUGGGCUCCACCGUGCGCGAGUGUCUGUCUUCGGGCCUGUGGAGCGGCACAGAGACCCGCUGCCUGGCGGGCCACUGCGGGACCCCAGAGCCCAUAGUGAACGGUCAGGUGAUCGGGGAGAACUAUGGCUACAGGGACACGGUGGUGUACCAGUGUAACCCCGGCUACCGCCUCAUCGGCUCCUCCGUGCGCAUCUGCUACCAGGACCACAACUGGUCAGGAGAACUGCCCGUCUGCGUCCCUAUCAGCUGUGGCCACCCGGGCAGCCCCAUCUACGGUCGCACGCUGGGCAACGGCUUCAACCUGAACGACGUGGUGAGCUUCUCGUGCCACACGGGCUACGUGAUGGAGGGCCCGGCGCGCGCCCAGUGCCAGGCCAACCGCCAGUGGAGCCAUCCACCGCCAACGUGUAAAGUGGUCAACUGUUCGGACCCGGGCAUCCCAGCCAACUCCAUCCGGCAGAGCAAGAUCGAGCACGGCAACUUCACCUUCGGCACGGUGGUGUUCUACGACUGCAACCCGGGCUACUACCUGUUCGGCUCGCCCGUGCUCAUGUGCCAGCCCACGGGCCAGUGGGACAAACCUCUGCCGGAGUGUAUCGUGGUGGACUGCGGGCACCCGGGCUCUCCGCCCAAUGGGCUGCUGAUCGGGGACAAGUUCACCUUUGGCUCCACGGUGCGCUACUCCUGCACGGGCGGCCGCAAGCUCAAGGGCGAGUUCUCGCGCACCUGCCAGCUCAACAGCCACUGGAGCGCACCUAUGCCCUUCUGCUCAGGUGACUCUGCGGGGACGUGCGGUGACCCCGGUACCCCGUCCCAUGGCGGCCGGAGCGAUAGCGACUUCCGUAUCCGGAGCAAGGUGCGCUUCAACUGCUCCGUCGGCUACACGCUGCACGGCUCCACCGAGAGGACCUGCUUUGCCAACGGCACCUGGUCCGGCUCACAGCCCUCCUGCAGACCGGUGCAGUGUGGGAACCCGGGGACGCCCAGCAACGGGCGGGUGUUCCGGCUGGACGGCACCACCUUCUCCCACUCGGUCAUCUACUCCUGCAUGGAGGGCUACCUGCUGUCGGGCUCCACCACCCGGGAGUGCCUGGCCAACGGCUCCUGGUCGGGCAGUGCCCCCAACUGCACCAUGAUCCACUGCGGUGACCCGGGCGUGCCCGCCAACAGUGCCCGGCACGGCGAGGACUUCACCAUCGGGCAGAACGUCAGCUUCGUGUGCCAGCUGGGCUACGUGAUGGAGCCUGAGGGGUCUCCCGUCCGCACCUGCACGGGCAACGGCACCUGGAGUGGAAUCAUGCCUGCCUGCCGAGCCGUCACGUGCACGGCACCUCCCGCCAUCUCCAACGGCGUGCUGGAGGGCAGCGACUUCGAGUGGGGCACCAGCGUGAGCUACAGCUGCACGGCGGGCUACGAGCUCUCCUUCCCCGCCUACCUCACCUGCGUGGGCAACGGCUCCUGGCACGGCGAGGUCCCGCAGUGUCUGCCCAAGUUCUGCGGCGAUCCAGGCGUCCCCGCCCACGGCUCACGGGAGGGACGGAGUUUCAUCUACCAAUCAGAGGUCUCGUUCAGCUGUAGUCCGCCCUACAUCCCCGUGGGCAGUACCACUCGUUUCUGCCAGGCUGACGGCACCUGGAGUGGACUACAGCCUCGCUGCAUAGAGCCCACCCGCACCACCUGCGAGAACCCUGGAACGCCUCGCUCCGGCUCCAUGAACAGAACCUUUGGCUUCAAGGUGGGCAGUAUGGUGGCGUUUCAGUGCCAUCCUGGGCAUUUGCUCCUGGGCUCCACCACACGCUUGUGCCAGGUCGACCUCACCUGGAGCGGCACCCAGCCUGAGUGCAUCCCCCACUCGUGUAAGCAGCCAGAGAGUCCUCCGCACGUGUCGGUGUUGGGCAUGGACCUGCCGUCGUUCGGCUACACGCUCAUCUACGCCUGCCAGCCCGGCUUCUUCCUGUCCGGAGGCUCCGAGCACCGCGCCUGCCGCUCCGACGGAACCUGGAGUGGCAAGAUGCCAGUGUGCAGAGCUGGAUCCAAGCUGUCUGAGAAGCCUGUGAAACCGGUUCCAGGGACGCCCAGCCCUAAGCUGAACGUCCCGGACGAUGUCUUCGCUCCCAACUACAUCUGGAAAGGCUCCUAUAACUACAAGGGCAAGAAGCAGCCAAUGACUUUGAGUAUCACAAGCUUUAACACGAGCACGGGUAGAGUUAACGUCACGUUAACCAACAGCAACAUGGAGCUCCUGCUUUCAGGUGUCUACAAGAGCCAGGAAGCGCGUCUGAUGCUUCUUCUGUACGAGGUGAAAACCUCCUCUCACACCACGCUGAGCAAGCUCAAAGAGGAGGCGUGGUCCAUGGACGGUUUUGUGUCGGCAGAACCUGACGGUGCCACCUAUGUCUUUCAAGGCUUUAUACAGGGUAAAGAUUACGGCCAGUUCGGACUGCAAAGACUAGGUCUGAACAUGUCGGAGAGUAAUAACUCGUCCCAUCCACCCCUCGGUACAAACAGUAGCUCUGUGGCCAUAGCAAUCCUUGUGCCUUUUUUCGCCCUGAUAUUCGCAGGCUUUGGAUUCUAUCUCUACAAACAGCGGACUACACCCAAGACCCAGUACACGGGCUGCUCAGUUCACGAAAACAACAAUGGACAGGCCGCCUUCGAGAAUCCCAUGUACAACACCAACGCUAAAUCCGUAGAGGGCAAAGCAGUCCGAUUCGACCCCAACCUCAACACGGUCUGCACAAUGGUAUAAUGAAGUCUGCUCAGUGCAAAAAAAAAAAAAAACCAACAACAAAAUCAAACAAACAAACAAACAAGCAGCAUCUCUUUUUUAAUAUAUAACGACAGUGGUGCAAAAGGCUUUUCGCAGACAUGGAGAGAUUUCGUGACUUAAGACUGGGAGAGGGUCAAGCAGUCAGUUGUGAGUGACCGGCUGCGCUCGUAUUUAAAGCACAUUCUUCAGGAACCGUGAUUGACCAUGUGCAUCUAUCUCGGAGGACACUGGGAUUUUUUUUUUUUUUUUUUUUUCUCAACUUCACGUUCUGGAAGACUUGACUUGACCAGAACUCAGAAAAAUCUUCACAAGAUUCUUGCGUGGAGAGUCCUGCCUCUUAUUUUAUCCGCACUCCGUGAGUGCUUCUUCACAGUUGACUUGGUCUUUUUGAGUGAAAAGAAUCUGUAAAUCUUCUUACAUAUAUACGAGGAGCAUUCACCACCUAUAUUUUUGUGCUAUAUAUAUUACCGAGUGGGGGUCCAGCCCUGGGAAAGGAAACAGAUUCUAUACAGAGUUUAUAGAGAAAAAAAAGAGAGAAAUAGUUCAAAAUAUGCUGUUCACAUGACUGAACGCAACGCAACACAUUAUAAAUUGUUCAUUUCCAGCUGUUGCUUUCUCUUCCUUUCAGCAAAGGGUUCAUUUUUGGGCAUUCGCUUCAGUCUUGAAUGCUUCUGCUGGUUCUUUGUUGUUUCUAAACGAGUGUUAAUAGUGCGUAGGCGUGUUUGUGUGUGCGGAUGACCAAGUGGGUGGUUUGUUGGUUUGACCCCUAAGAAUUAGAAACGAAGUGAUUGAAGCGUGUUUUUAAACAUAUCCAUUUCUUUUUUUAUUGAUGUGACGUGUUUGUGUAUUUCUUUUUAUUUAUUUAUAUUAAUGCUUGCAUCUCCAUGACAACACAUUGGACAACUGUCAGUAUUUUGUACCUGAAGUCUGCAGCAAAAAAAAUGUUGCCAGAGUGAGCAUCAUGUCAUUGGGCUGAUCCCUCACUUGCAGAAAUGUCUGUGUGCUCAGCUAUACAAAGUAUAGCUUCUGUGUGCCAUCACUCAAAUAGCUAUAUUUAAACAUUUUGGAAAAAUUUGAUAAGAUAAUUUGAUAAUUUCAAUCAUUAAUCGCUAUUAUUGUUAUUAUUAUUAUAUAGAAUUUGUAUAAAAUAAAAUGCACUUGGCAUUUCAAUCUUAGUCUUUUAUACAAACCUCAGAACACAUCAAUGAUGGAUAACGCAUGCAUGUGUCUUAUGUACCGUGGCAACAAUGUGAUCAUAAUUAUCCUGUAAAUAAGGGAGAUGAAACAGUAUCCUGCGUCAGUCUAACUUGGCCAUGGCAUUAAGCAUACCCUCCACGGUUUAGAGGUGUACGCUCCGUGCUGCAGCAAGGGUCCACUUUCCACAGUUUCUAGGGAGACGGAUAGGUAAUGACCACACCUGAGUCUGCAUGAACAGUCAGUCCCCAUCUCUGUAUAUUGGCCAUUGUCAGCCAAGCCUCGAAUGAAGAAGCUGGGACGCUUCUCGUUCAAGCUAGCAGGCAGACUUCUACUCCUGGGGAGGCCUCAACGACUACACAGCUGUCAUGGUGUGCACCAUCAUACAUUCAGAUCUCCCGCACCAAAUGACGGUCACUUUAGGGGGGCGAGUCCCCAUCGGACUUGGAGCAGGCUGACGCCACGUUUUCAGGCCCUCGAGCUGUGAGAUUCAUUACAGUGCCUUUUAACGUUCCACUCACCGCAUGUUCUGCAGACGGCGGGGAUGCACAGGCACAUUUGUAGGGAGGGAAGGGGUUAAGACUCCCCUUGCUCUGGAACGUCUGCAGACUUUAGGAGACGAUCCUGACUUGUCCUUGUUCAGUGUCCAUGCCCUUCCCCAUUCAGUUCACCGAAGAGAAGAAUAGCAAGGUAAUUGCGAUUGUGAUUGAGAUUUUUUUUUUUUUCCCUAGAACAAUC